AAACAUAAUCUCAAACUGGUUCUUAAGCUAUUGCGUGCGAUGCCAUAUUCAUAAAAGCUCAUGCGUGCAAGCUAUAAAGCAUUGCCCUGUCUUUGAAGCCAUAUUCAUAAUAAGCAACUUCUUCUCAAGAUCGUCUGUUGUUAUCAAUGAGUGAAGGUGAAAAACAAACGCAUCAAGGUCCACCAAUCACAUCAUACAACGAGCAUGCCAAAGAUAAAGAUGAUUGUGUGAUCAUGGAAGCUCCUGAAUCUCAUGAUAAUGAUAAUUUCAUAUCAUCGGCAUCCUCCCUUGAAGAUUCAAGAUCAGCAUCUUGUAAUGGAUCAACAUCAUCAUCCUCAGACAUGGUGGACGAUGCAUCUUCAUCAACUUCUUAUUCUUCAUCCUCGCAUUCUAGGGGACCUUUGUAUGAAUUUUCAGAGCUCAUGGCCCAUCUACCCAUCAAGAGAGGACUUUCCAAGUACUUUGAAGGCAAGUCUCAGUCUUUUACAUCUCUGUCAAGGGUGUUGAGCAUAGAAGACCUUGCAAAGAAGGAAACACCUUAUAGAAGAAAAAUGAAAUCAUGUAAGAGCUAUGGGGGUGGCUUAGAUGCCAACAAACCAUACACCCUUCCCAAGGCAACAAUUUCUAAGAAGGCAUCUAGAGGAUUUUUGUCAUCUUUAUAUUUUCCAAGUAGAAAAAAAGGAAGUUUCUUGGGUAUUAGUAGGCCCCCUUAAAUUCAUAUA